GGACCCAUUUUGUUCCUUGAAUCAGGGCAGCUUGCGGAGCUAGCAGUACCAGAACCCUCACUACUUACAUCUAGGGAACUUCAGGCAGGAUCCGGGCCAGAACAAGGUCAAUUAUCUCGGCUUCUUAGAGUCCUGUCGUUUUCUGAUCCCGUGCGAAGUAGGGUCUCGUGAGAAACACCGCAGCCCAUCAUGGCUCAAGACACUGGCGCGGCGAAGCACGGCUCCGUCCGCCCGACACUGAGUUCCUGCGGGAGAAGCAGUUCGUAUCUUAGCGACCACCAACAGUACCGGCCACCCCAUCAACCCGAGAACCACUAUGGAAUUGAUACCGUCGUUGAGGAUUUACGAGCCUCUACCAUUACGUCGCCGAAGCCGAACCUGGUCUCCUCGUUCAUCGGUAUUCCGUCGCCCGAGAAUCCCCCCACGAUUGUCGAGAGCGGACUGAACCAUGACCUGUCGCACCCCAACUGCUCACCCGCGCCUGGCACCAAGACGAACAGGAUCAUAGCCACCCUGUUCUACAAGUCAACGUCUCCUCGAGCCUCUAACUCGAUACCCUCGCCGCAGAAAAUACCGUCCCCCAAGCAGUCGACAUCGGAUCUAUCCGACAUGCCCGCGAACAUGGCACCCGGCAGCGACCUCGACGCCUUCCCCCUUGAACCACCAACAGCUGACCCAGAGCCCCUGGAUCACCUCUACGGCUCCUAUAUCUCGCCGUUGUGCGUCACUUCCUUCCUACACCUCAUGUCCAGCUUCCCCCUCCCACCAGGAGCCACGAACCCGACCUCGGCGCACCGCUGCCUCGACAACGCCACGCACCCCGCCGUCGUCGAGCUGACCCUCUCCCCGGCCCCGUCCCCGUCCUACCUCCCCCUCACCGACCUGCGCAAGCACGAGCUGAUCUACCGGUUUGAGCGCGAAUGGAACGUCGACGUGGCGCUGCAGCCCGACACGCUGUGGCGCCGGUACCCGCGACUGGUGGUGUUCGACAUGGACAGCACGCUCAUCACGCAGGAGGUGAUCGACCUGCUGGCGGCCACCAUCACGGACCCGCCCGACCUGGCCGCCCGCGUGGCCCACAUCACGCACCGCGCCAUGCUCGGCGAGCUCGAGUUCGACGCCGCGUUCCGCGAGCGCGUCGCCCUGCUCAAGGGCCUGCCGGCGGCCAUCUUCGAGGGCCUCCGGCCCGUGCUCGACGUCACCGAGGGGGUGAGGCCGCUGCUGCGCGCGCUCAAGAGGCUCGGCAUCAGGACGGCGGUGCUGUCGGGCGGGUUCCUGCCGCUGACGAGCUGGUUGGCUGGGGAGCUGGGCAUCGACCACGCGCACGCGAACGAGGUGGUGAUCGGGGAGGACGGGAGGCUGACUGGAGAGGUGAAGGGGCUGAUCGUGGGGAAGGAGAGGAAGAGGGACCUGCUGGUGGAGAUUGCCGGGAAGGAGGGCAUUGCGCUGGAUCAGACCAUUGCGGUCGGGGACGGCGCCAACGACCUGCUCAUGAUGGACGCGGCUGGGCUAGGCGUGGCGUGGAACGCGAAGCCGAGGGUCCAGAUGGAGGCCGGUGCGAGGCUUAACGGCAACAGCUUGCUGGACUUGCUGUAUCUUUUCGGCUUCACGCGCGAGGAGAUUGAGAUUCUCUCUGCGUGAGCAGAUUUUAUGGCGGUAUGAGAACAGCCUUCAACAAGUAUUCGGAUUGUGGAUAUGUUUACUUUUUUUGGGGAGGGGGAGGGAUCCUGCUUUGGGGGGAAAGGGCCAAUGUGGAAAGGAGGGGGGGAAGUCGGGCAAGCCACAGCAGGUCUCAGACCGAAUUGGUGGCCUUUUGGAUGCUUGCUGUCUGUACAUACUUACUCAACUAGGUUGACCUACUGGGUGCGAUGACAUGGCCAGAAUCUGCACCCCGAACAAGGCUAGAAAUGUCUAUACUCCCUUCCGAAACUUAGCACUCCCCUGACAAUUUCGUAGUUGAUCCAUUCUGAGAGGGGGAAAGGUAGGAUAAUCAACCUUAUCGAGGCAGUUUCAUGCGCCGUAUCUAGGAAGCUAACUACCUACAGGCCCAAGCAUCAUAAUAACUAG